AUGUUGUUUUCUAAUUUAUUUAUGAUGGCGGGAUUGGGGGCCGUUGUGUCUGCGAGGGCAGUUGAGAAGAAUGAACGAUCAUUUCAACGACCUAUAAUUGACCCCUCAUUACCUCGUCCAACUCCCUCCUCACCUCAAUCCUGCAUUUUUAUGCCAUCUCUCCCGAUGCCACCUGUCUCCUUCACAUCCACUCUACCCACAUCUCUUCAUCAUCACCUCCCGAAUGUCCUCCUCUCUCACUCAUUCUUCAACUCAAACCUACCAACUUCUUCUGGCUCCACCGCCCCGAUGAUCUCGACCCUUUCUCUCUCAGAAGUAACUGGCGAUGCUUCUCUUCAAGGGAUUUUCCUCGGCCUCGUCUACACUUCCAUCGACAAAUCCACCUCUGAGCCUCCUUUAGACUCUCUUCCCAAAUCUCCAGUAUCGAAACCAAAAGUAAAACCUCAUUGCCGUCCUCAAUUUCCCAAACCUAAAGUGGAUGAACAAGACGAUUUCGAUAAAUCAUGGGGCCAUAUUAAUAAUCACGAGAUUCGAUCGCCGAUUUUGUCAGUACCACAGUCAAGCCCGUCUACAGAGAUGAGAAGAUGUUUUACAGAGGCAGUGGAAGGAGUUAGGGAGAGUGGACUAGUGGAGGGGACGCUGAAGUUUCCUAAAGAGGGGGGUAAAUUACGAUUUUUGAUUUGGAGGGUCGAUUGAAUGGUAUAGGUUGGGUUGAGAAUAUUUCAAUCUGGUGGGGGGUUUUUUUUAUGAACAGAGGAUAUGGCGAAUGGAUUCGGGACUAGAGAAUCGAAUGUUAAAGGUGUUCAGGGCUGGAUUGGAGUUCGGGCAUUCAUGUUGUACUUUUCAUUUUGAUAUACAUGAUGUGUAUGAGACAAAAAGAGAUAAAGUAGGAUGGACAAUUUUGUGCGAUUAUCAAGCACCUCGAAUAACUGCUGGGAAAUGAAUUGCCUCAUGGGCUUUGCACAAACUCUUAUCAGGCAUACAGAUUGUUUCAAAGAAAGAUACAAAUGAAUUUCACAUUGUACCGCAAAGGGACAACAGUCCAAGCCCUCACUUCCAAUGAGUUUCCUUCAAUAGUUUACAAGUGAAUAUAUACAUGUGGUUAGUAACCGGCAGUACUUGUCUCGGUUCUCUUUUCUCAAGUUGAGAGAAAGUAGAAGGGUGUAGAUAGAUCAAAACGAACGAGGAAUACAUCAAUUUCUGAUUACACCGCCCAAUUGGAAUGGAUUUUUAGCAUUUACAGAUAAAGCCGCGAAG